AUGGACACCAUUUUUGAAGAAGAGGAGGAAAUCGAUGAUGUGGGAUCAAGUGGUAUGGAAAUUGACUCCAAACCAUCCCCAGCUCCUACUAAUCAAUAUGAGGCGGAAGUAAUACAACAAUAUAUCAAAGAGCAGCAAAAAAUCUAUAAAAACAGUCGAAAAGUGACGAUGAAGAAACAAAAACCGCCGAAAUGGAUAUGCACUGUGAAGAAUUGUCAGUGGGGUGGACGAAGUAUGGAGAAUAUGAUGUCUCAUCUGAAAAAGCAGCAUCCAGACCAGCCGGGCACUCAAUUCACGGUGGAAUCGACGUUUUUAACCAAUUUCAAGUACAGUCAAACGCGAAAAGGAUCCCUCAAGUAUAUCAAAAGGGAUGUCCAGGAAAAGAAGGUUGUGGAGGAGUUGGGUCAAAAAAUCAAGGAUCUCUGA